GCGGACGACCCGAUGGCGGGUUUGUAAGGCUGGCGAAAUGUAACGUCUCUGUUUGUUAAUAUAUGGCAAUCGAUCUUCAUGCUCAGCGAUAAUUUGAUGGAGAAGUGGAUGCCGUAGAACUAGGUCUACAUCAUGUCAAAGUUUGGAGCAAAGACUUAUGGCCGCAAGCAUGACUGCCGCUUGGCUCCUCCUCUGGAUCAGAUUCUUCUCGAUAAAGGAGACAGCAAGACCAGUUCGGCCAAAAUGUCAGUUGCAGCUGUGCACCGGUGGGGCAUGACUUCAUUCACAUCCCUUCGUAAGGCGGCUCAGUCUAAUGGCCAGCCUGAUGGGAUAAAUGAUGGACCAAUGUCAUCUGAUGCAAAGGCUCUCAACCCUUCAGUAGAUGAUGAUCCGUUCAGUUUUGACAUUGACCAUGAUGAAACGUCCCGCAGCAGCAAAAGUGCGUUCUCACGUUUGCAUGGAUCGGCACAGGACCCUGCACAGACAAGCAGUCAACCGCUGCCUCCAAAGCCCAAGAAGUUCUUCAAGAGCCGCAACACCACUUGUACAUCAUCACCAUUGGCAUCUCAAACAUCAGCGCGUGCAUUGGCACAAUUUGAUAGACUGCGAACUUCAAGUUCCAACUCCGUUGCGAGCAAGUCGAAGGACAAGAAUGAACCUGUGUCUAAAGUGGGCAUAAGCUGGGGUCCCGAUGAUAAUGUGGACUUUCGGUGUGUAAAGCUGGAAAAAAGCAGUCGUGCAGCUGCACUUUCAAGGGAUCAUCCACUUGCUUCUUCCCUGUCAUCUGGACCUGCAGCUGCUGCUCUUCCAACAGCUGCUUCAUUGACUGUGGCUCCUGUAGUGGCUGCUGCUUUGACUGUGGCCCCAUCAGCCCCAUUACCUUUAACCGCUGCACCUCGGAUGUCUGCUUCUCUGACAGCUGCUCCUCAGAUAGCUGCUCCACAGCCUGCUGCGCAAGGCUUACCAAUGCCUUCUACUUUUUUCACUGACGAGUCUGUAAAAGGCAGUGACCCCUGUGAUGGUAAUGACCAGAGCUCAUUCCAUGCUCCACCAGUCAUACGAACAUACACUCGCAAGAGAAACCUGGGUGCUCCAGUGGAGACACCAGGCAUGGUGAUACCUGUCAAGAGAACUGCAACAACAGUAGCUGUUAGUGAUGCCCUGGUAUCUAGUUUGGUGCUAGUGGUGCCUAGUACAAACGUCGGUGUGACCUGUGUAACAGAUGUUAGCGAGGUGGCAAGCUCUGGUGAGACAUCUUCUGGAGAGGUGGCUAGCACCAGUGAGACACUUGCUGCUAACUCAUCGCACAUGGACACGAAAAUGGAGGAUGAACCACCAAUGACCCUGCAAGAUACUCUUGCAGUGACCUCAAACUCCCAGCUUCCCAGUUCUCAGGACUCUGAGCUGCUUCAUAUGACAGCUGAUGGAACCUCCCAAGGCUCAAUCACAGAUUCGCAGGAGUCGGAACCUGCAUCGCAGAACUUUGCAUCAGGUUCACAAGAGGAUGCAGAAAAACCUCCUGAACCAAAAGCAUCAUCUUCUAGAUGCAUAUUCAAAAGCAAAAAGAUAUUCCAAAGCCCGAAGAAGCCGAAAGCAGUCUACAAACUGCGACACUGGCAGACUCCAGAUGCUGAGGAAGACCUUGAAUUGACAGAGGCUAUACAAGAUCGAAACAAGCUUGCUGAGGAAUUUGAUGAAGCUACGUUCAGUGACAGUGCUCUAACAAGAGAAGUACAUCAACCAUCACGGCCAUGGAAAGAUGCUGUAACAUCUGUGAAGUGCCCUCGCAAGGCUCGUGAGCUCUACACAGUGGUCCGCAAUGUGAAAAAGGCCUAUCAAUGCCAUGAAUCGGGAGAAACUCAAGAAUUCAAUGACGACAUUGAUUACCUACUGGAGGGAGUGCAGCCUGGCAAUCCCAUAGGAGCUAGAUGUCUGAGUGUUGUUGGCCUGGCAUCUAAGUGCAUGGUUCCAGCAUUCCGGAUGCACCUACGAGCUCAUGGAAUUGUGUGCAAAUUCUUCAGUGCCUUAACUGAUGCCCCUUCUGAUCCAAGCCUGUCACUGUGCACAGCUACGUUGUUCUUUGUCCUGAGCCAGGACCGUCUUACUAUGGACCUGGACGCAUCCACACUCUCUCUGAUGCUGCAGCUGUUUGAGUCAGACCCUCAGCAAGGGGAGGGGGGCUUGACUACCUCCCGGAGCCCCCCCUCUGAUCUCAUUGAGAGGCAUCGUGAGAAGGUACAGCAGCUUUGUGAACAGAUGCAGCAGAAAGGCCAUGCCAAGCACCUAAACCUCAACAGAGUCAAUACUGGCACACUAGCCCUUGAGACUCUACUAAGCUUAACAUCUAGGCGAGCAGGAGAGUGGUUCAAGGAAGAGUUGCGGUUACAAGGUGGACUGACACAUAUUGUAAAUACAGUGAGUGAAUGCCUCAGUUAUUUUGGAGAAGGAAUCACAUUCAUGGAAAAUCCAACGGACUUCCAGCUGGAGAAGCUGAAGAAGAUUGACAGGUGCUCUCGUGUACUAGAAAAUGUUACAUAUAUGAACCCUGACAACCAGAGGUACCUGCUGGAUUUCAAGGGCUCUCUCAUGGUGGCAUCUUACGUCAGGCUGCUGUUGCUGUGCCAGUCAAGCCUGAUAGUACACCCAGUUCUGAAUGAGCCUGCUGCAGGAGCUGGUGGCAGCAAAGCAGGCGAAGGCCAGAUCACCUCAGUAGUCUUGCAGAGCCUGCGAGGACCUGGUGCCGUUUUUUUCUCCUGCCUGUUAUCUGUUCUGCGUGUGCUGUUGAAUAUGACACACGAGAGCCUGUUGGGCAGCAAAGUUGUUGGUAGCCAGCCAGGAUUGCUCUCUGCCAUCUUGCUCUGCAUCUUACAAGCCCCUAAAGCAGUGCCAACGGAACAGCGUUUUGAUCUUCUGGUUUUGUCACUUGGAUUACUCAUCAACCUGGUGGAGCACUGUGAGGAGAACAGGGAGCGCCUGGCUGAUACACAAACAGUGGGUUCGUUCGAGUCCGUCUGUGACCAGAUGGAGAUGCCGGCGUUCAAUGCUCUCAUGGAUCUGUUCACAGACAAGGUUGAGGCGGCCCACCAGUCUGAGGAGCAAGCCAAUGAGCUGCUGAGUACUCAGGAGAAAAAGAUGAAAGCUUCCCUGGAACCUCAAAAAGGGGAGCCACUGCCUGCCAGCCAACAAUCUGCACCUUCUCAGGCUGAUGACCUUGAGGAGACCCUUAUGAAAGCCCUUCAGAAAGCUGGCAAGCACAUGGAACAUAGCAUAGUGUGUGCCUACAUUGCCUUGCUCCUUGGCUGUGCUGUCCAGAAUAACAAGGAGCUUGCCGAAAAAUUGCGGCAGUACACACCGGAAGGCAAGUUUGACCCAUUGGUCGAUGCACUUAAGAAAUUUCAUAAUUUUAUCAAUCUGACGGGUGUGCUCGGAAAUAGAGCCACAAAGAGCAUGCAAUGUGUCAUCAAAGUCCUUGAAGACAGCUGAUCAUCCAAGGCGAGGCACUUUGAUCCCCUUUCAAGCUUGCCUACCUUGCCUUUGGAACCUACUCUAUCAAGGCAGCCAAGUUCGAUUCCAUGACAGCUUUCGCUCACUGGCACAUGUGCAUGCUAAUUGUGAAAGCCAUUUUCUUGACCCCCCCCCCCCCCUUUUUUUUUUAUUAAUUCUGUACAUAUGUGACAUGUUUCUCCAUCAUCUUUUUCCCUUAACUUUUUCUUUCUUCAUUGGAAAGGUUUUACAUUGACAUGCUUUGUGACAUGAGGUUGAGGGAAGACUGGCUUUAUUGACAACACAUUUUAGGAAAUUUUGAGCAGGCCAUGUUAUCUUUUAUUUUUUUUAGUAGUGCAGAAUGUCUGUCCAGCAAGCAACCUGUUCCACGUUGGAGAACACUUAAUAUUGCCAAGACUUCAUGUAACCACAAGUGCAUACAUCAAAGAGCAAUGUACUGUGUUUUAUCAUUCUUUUAAUGACUAUUGUAUUUUAUUACUGUUGUCACCAGAUGAUAUAGCUUAUUUAAGGAUUUUUGAAACAUUGUUUCAGCAUUUUAUUACUUUUAAACAUCUCUUUUACUUCUCCUGAAGACCUUUUUUUUUUUUUUAGAGGUCUCUUUCAUCUUUACAGUGCACUUCAUUUAUAAAGAUAUUAACAAAAUCCUGACGAUACCUGGUCAUUGUAGCUGGUUAUAUUUUCACCGGCCUUAAAUCUGCUACCCAGUAAUGUUUAAGUUGUACAUAAAGGCAGAGUGCUGCAUCAUAAAGUUGUGUGUUCCAGCCUUGCCUCAUCUGCGCAGAUAUGUGUCUGCACAAAUGAGGCCACACAGUUUGGUUUGCCAAAACAUGAGGCCCUAAUUGGGUGUACAGUGCGGUCCAUGGUUUAAGUGAACAUUGCCAUGUGUAGCUCCCAUUUUGCAUUCACUCCAGCUGCAAGUGCUGGCUGAAGUGAUGUCAAUGCAUUGAAGAGGCAUGUAGGAAAGUACCAGUGCCACCCUGAAGUUCCCUCACCUGCUGGAAAGCUGAACGGUUCCACGCAUGCCAGAGGGUAAAUUUUGCAUGUGCUGUACACAUGUGCUCCCUUUAACAGUGGACUGCACUGUAUGUUGUAGCAGUUGACCAUGCAUCUGCAAUAGGCUAGAACACCCUAUAUUAAAGCCCACUUACAGUUGCAUUGUACAUUGUUGCAUUAUAAUCAGGAUGUCGAAAAGAAAAAAAAAAUACCGGGUUCAGGUUUGGCUUCAAGCUGCUUCAGUUUCAUUCCGAUUUGGGAAAAUUCAAAACAAUACUGGGUUUAGCGCUUGGUGCAAACUAGUGCAAUGCACUUUAUUUCUGGCCUCUGAUGAUGCCUCUGACACUGCACUCAGGCUACCAUUGAGUUGUAUGUAUGUUUACCUGGAAGAAUCGGAGGUGGGGGGGGGGGGAUCUUACUGGCAUGUGGGGGACAGGGUUUGAUGUUCUGCAUUAUUUCAAGCACAAAAUUUAAAUUUUCUUAGCUGCAGAACAUGAACAUAAAAAAAUUUACUAGAUUAAGUUAAUGUCCGAUUUUGCUCUUUACAUUUAAAAAAUUUUUUGAGAGCCGAAGCCAGGAUUUAAAUAACCUGUUUUCAUGAAUAAGCAUGUCUUAUUUAGCUUAUGCAACGGUUUAAAGUGCAGGAAAUGGUUCGUUUUAUUUUUGGCAGGUAAUUUUUCUCAUAAAAUGCAGUAAAAGUGCUAGUCGUGCCAGCAGUGAUAAGUAACUAAUGAGUUGCUGAAUUGAGUAACGCUUUGACAUUAAUUUAGCUAAGUGGAAGACCUGUGCAGUGAACUAGGAGAAAUGCAAUGUGAGAAAUAUUACAGUAAGGUUAGAAAAACUAAGCAAGGUGAAAAAAAUUGCCAAUUCUGACCAAAUUUAUUUGCGAAGUCAGAUGUAAAUGUAAAAAUAUUGCAUCAAUUUCUUUUGUUCUACUUCGUUGCACAAAUCUCUAUACCAGGAAUGAGUAUGCAAAAUUUAAUAUCACAAUGUUCAUUAAAAAAAGUUAUCAAAGUUUGCAUAACAUGAGGGGGAGCAGAAUCUUGUUUUGAGGAAAAACUUAAACAAAUCUUCAAACCACAUGAAAGAUGUCAAAACUACGGAGGCCUAAAAUGCACCAUCGUCAUAGCGGGAGCCCCAUGCAAUGCACUAUUCUCCUUUUGUUUAUGUGGCUGCUUGGCGACAACAUUAAACAAAAAGCAUUUUGAAUAAUAUUUAUAUAAAAGAAAUAUCACUGAUUUUUGGCUUUGCAAUACGAGGCUGUGGGAUGGAAAACUCGCUGUAACUCCCGAACCAAUGAUGACAGGAAGGUGAUCUUAAUGCAACAUGUUGCUGAAUUUUUGGGCAUACAUAAAACGUAAAAAAAAAAAAUUCAAUUUUCUGAAAAAAAAUUGACUUGAAUAUGGCUUAAUAAAGAAUUGCAAGUUGGCGACUGCACACUGCAGGCAGUAAUCAAGUAACAACUACAUAGACCAAAUACGGAAUGAAUUAAACUGAUCACUGAUACCACCCAUUAAAUAUACAAAUGGAUGUCAGCCAGUAUUUAAUAAGUCAUGCGAACAAUUUUUUAAGAGUGGUGCUCCACCUUUCAUAUGCAUUGCAACGUCUAGCUGGCACGGCUGAGUUUGGGACUGUGAGCACCUCAUCUAGGUGCCUUAGUUUUUCGCACGUACACACCUUCUGUUUCGAAUAGUACGCUGUUGGGCUAGUUGGUUUGACCUUAUACCUUGCGAAGGGGAGCGCAAAAGUGUUGCGGAAAAAGGACACCGAGACGGAAAAACAGCAUCUGUCCCGACUCACGCAUACAAACCGCAUUACAAGUCAUAGCAGGAUGCUAAUGAAGUGGGCAGAGUACUGAAGGGUAGCUGUUUUGUUUAGCCUAAUGCAUUUCUUUUAUUCGUGCCACCUAAUAUGGUUGAACAACCAGCAACCACUAUUAUUAUUUAUUUGGGUUCAGGAUAAUUUAAAAAACAUUGGUUCCGGUUCAGGUUAGUUCUGGUCAAAAUUUCAUUUCAAGUACAGUUUUUAAUAUCUUCGGUUCGACACCCUGGUUAUAAUGUGUUUUUGUCAAUAACAUCCUUGAUCAGACUGCCCUGGAGUUGUGCCAAAGCCAGUAUGGUGUGCAAUGCUCCACUGUGAAACAUCACCAAGGCGGGUUGUGGCGAAGAACAAACUGCAUAAUUAGAGCACCACAUUCUCUUUUGCACCCAAGGCGUGUGAUGCAGGCGAUAUAAAUUAAGCCACGAAGGUAGUAACGAAGGCUCUGACAGCACUGCUAGACCAAGGUUUAUCCUAUAAUGGCAGGGCCACAAUGUGCAAGUGGUCCUUGGACUUGCUCCUUGUGUAGUAAGAAGCUGUAAACAGCAGCAUUGCUAAUACCCCGUAUGUUGGUGGAGUUUACAGCUACAAUUAAACCUCGGUAUGACAAAAUUCUUGAUAUAACGAAGUAUUUACCUUUUCAUAGCCUCUUGUCCAUAGAACAUGUAUUUAUAACCUCAAUAUAACGAAAUGUGUUUGUGUGCGGUUUCCAUAUAACGAAAUUUCACUGCCACCGCCAAGGAAUAGGAAUGCGUAGACAAUAAGUGGAGACUGCCGGGGACACAGAUGGUCAAAUGAUUGAAUUAUUAGCUUCUGCUUGCAAACGCGCGUCUCAAAUCACAGGACAAGAGCUCCGAAGUGGAGCCGCAUCAGGUACCGUGUGAAGUCCAAGUGCGAUAAAAUCAUAUCACACCUCCCACACUGUGUGCUUUAGAUGCAAGUGAGUGUGCGAGGGUGAGACAGGAAAGUUGGUGGCUUCACCAGUGACGCCUUCCCGUGCAAGAGGGAGGGAAGCGAGCUCACGGUAACGCGAUCAAGCACGCACGAGGGGGCGGGGCGGGGUGGGGUUGGGGUAAGUUGGGGUGGAGGUAAGUUGGCGUGUGUCUCCACGGUGACUGUGCAUGGCUGUAAGCGCGGCUGAGUGCAUAUGCAGCGGCGCACCCUGCAUUAGAGAUCAUCUGCCGCAUGUGCAAAAAGCAGACAUGCCGAGACGGCUUCGCACCAUGUAAGCUGUGUUCCCGAGUGUUUGGUAUUGGAGGUGGCGCAUUUCUCGUGUUUCGGUGACCUGUUGGAGCUAGAGACAGACGGCACAUUCACUCCUAGUUGCCAGCGCUUUUCCUGAUAGCGGCGUCCCAGUGCGGGCGGCACUGUCAGCUGGGGGGGUGGAGUGCACGCGAAAGCGUGGCUGGCUUCGCUUAAUUCGUACCGCCGAUGUGAAGAUAUCGUCGACGUAGGUGCGUAAGCACGAAACUAUCUUUCAUCGCCGACUCCCAAAUUUAUCAAAAUGAGUAUUCGUAUUCAAAUUUGUUUUUUCCGAUUGCCCAAUAAUUUGGAAAAUUCUGCGACCCCUUUCUGCAUGACAAAAAAAAAUAUUAUCGGGGCUGUACUUAUUUGCAUAAAAAGCUCGAAUUUCAAUACAACAAAAUUUUGAUAUGACAAAGCAAAUUGCAGAUUUUACCGACUUCGUUAUAUCGAGGUUUAACUGUACAACCUCUACACAAGUGCGCUAACCUUUGGUUACAUUUUGCAUAGCUGCCAACUCUGCCAAAUUUUCCGUAAAGUUUACAAAUGUAGGCUCCUGCGAUUUUACAACUGUUGCAUCAAGUUUUACAAAAGUUUCCAUUCGUUAAAAUGCUAAGCUUGCCAUCCUCUGACCAUGCCCUUGGAAGGCUUUGCUGUUCAACGUUUCCUGCUGCUUGUGUACUGCCUUUAAAGAUACCCUAUUUACUCACAUAACGAUCGCACUUUCAGGGGUACGAUCAUUACGUGGGUUAAAUUUCCUGCGAAAAGAAAAAGAAAAUUUUUUUCAUCCCGCAUUUGCUGCAGGAUGACAACGGGUCAACAAUUUGGCGGCUGCCGCUGUAUGUAGUGCGGGGCGCCAAAACAAAAAUGUUGGCCGGCGGAGCAAGCCGAACACGCCGAACGCGAUUUUCUUUUUCUCCUCGUGAGUACAUUAUGUGCAUUGAAACGGUUUCUUCUGUAUCAGUAAUGAAUAAUAUCGUUAAUAUCGGCAAGUUUGUGGCAAUAACGUAGCUAUGUCCACUUUGAGGGGACAGAAACAGAUAGGCGCGCUUAGCUGCCAGUGUCACAGAAACACAUGGCGGGCAUGCUGCGGAAACUGCGGCCUUUGUCUUCACUGCUAUCCUAAUAGGGCACGUUUCCUAUAAGGGUGGGCGAAUAUCUUAGCUGUGUUACAAGCGUCGGCGUAUGAAUAGGGUACACUUCUAACGUAUCAGUGUAAACGUGGCUACUAUUGUUGUUGCUCACGAUUUGUUGCGUGCCCACGAGUGCAGACGAGAAGAAUCGAAAGGCGCCUGUUUUGUUGUUGUUGUUGACCACAACCAUUAUAAAACCUACACAUAAUAAAGGCAAGUUUGCUUGUACCUUUUUUUUUUUUUUUUUUUUUUUUUUUUUUUUUGUCGUGAAAGUGCGGAAAGUGGUAAAAGGAAUGAAAUGGGGCAUUUGCUUAAGAAUGUUAGGUGCGUACAGACCGCUUGGUUUGUCUUGAAGAGUCAGUCGUUCGCUUAGCAUUCGACAGAUGGUAAGUGCGAUCAUUAUUAGCUAGACUUGGCACACGGCAUAUCACUGCGGCAAGUUCGGGGCGCGAUCAUUACACGGAAAAUGUUAAAAAUUUAAUUUUGAUGACAAAAUUCAGGGGUGCGAUCAUUACGCGAGUGCAAUCAUUAUGCGAGUAAAUACGGUAAAUCAUCGUUAAUAAAGUGCAGUUGUGUCUCACAACAAAAGUUUUGUGCUUGGGGAAAACAUAUUGAAAAUAUCAGCUAUCCACCCCCUGCCCCUUCUCCCGUGCUGUGGUGUAGAGGGACAACUAAAGACUGCUUUGGAAGGGUGCACCCCACUCGGGGAGGAUGUCUGGUGCUGUUGAUCAAGGAUGCUAUUGUAAGCCCCCAGUUUCCCUGGAUUAUCAUCAUGGUUGCAUUAUGUUUACACAAACCCAUUAAUUUUUGGGUAAAGUCACUAUAGAACUUGAUUCUGCUAGAGUGGCUGGUUGAUAUGUGAUGUGUAUGUGUCUAUAUAACUGGACUGCACUGUAUUUAAUUUCUUGUUAGGUUAUCUUGCGACGCCUUCCCUUAUAACAUAGUUACAUUCACAGUAUGAAAUAUUGCUUCUUGAUGGGGAUCCUUUUCUUUAGUUAUUUAUUUAUGACCCAUUUCUUUCUGGAUUUGAGCAAGUCAACCAGGAUUGAAGGGUUUUGCACAAACUUUAUUUUUCAAGGGGGGGCUGCUUGAGCACAGGUGUUUGCUGGUAUUAUGCUAGCACAUUGGUCUUUUAAAUAUGAAGGGGGGUUGUCCUAUGAUAAGGCCUCCUAAUAUUAUAUCGUUCUUGCCCGCAGCAUUCGAUUUCUAAAAUUUUUUUUUUUAAUGUGCAAAUAGAGAUGGAGGCAGCUAUGCUUGCCUCGGUUUAAAGCUGCACAUAAGCAGAUUUCAGUCUUGUAUAUGUGUUGAAUUGGCUUAGGAAAAUGAGGAAUUAUUUGGGCACCGGUGUUAUAUAUGCAGCCGGCCUUUCCCGUUUUACAGUUCUUAUCUUGAAUCUUUUUCAUCCACUUGUUGUUGGGGAGCCCUUGCCAAUUUCGCAGACGGUAAACCAAGGGCUAGAAAGAAUGCUUAAAUGUAUAGGUACUGGUGUAGGACACAUCUGUGGUAUUGUGGAAGCACUCGGGCCUUUCCUUGCCGUUUUAGAGGGAUGUGUGGAAUUGAGCGGCAUAUGGUAUACAUGAUUUUUGUGCUUUGUGUGUAUGUGUGUCUGUCGGAGCAGUGUACCCUAGACUGAUCAGCAACAUGGCUGACAGAGUAAAGCCAGAUUCCAGGUUCAGCACUUUUCUUUUAUAUAGCUGGAUCAUCAACCUGCCUAUGAAUUGGGCACAGUAUGUACAUACUACCAUUGUUUCACCACCACCACCACCCACCAACACAUUUAAAAAAAAGUUUCGUUUACAUGUCUUUGUUUACAAGGCUAUUUAUUGACUCUCGAGAUAUUCUGGUUCGUUGUGCUUUGUGGCUGUUUCAUUUUCUUUGUGGGCACCAUGUUAAUUAUGAAGUUGUACAAAGUUCAUACGUUCAGUGAACGUAUGCUGCACGUGCUUCCCCCAUUUCAUCUUCUUGUGUUUAAUAAGGAUGUGGUAUUUGUAUCAGAAUAUUUAUUUACAGGACAAAAACAACCAAUGUUCUGAAAAAUGGAGUCAAUAAAUUUUAUGAAAAUAA